UCAUUUCCUAUUUUGUACUCGCUGUUUGAUUAUUAUUUCAGAUAAAAUGGAAAAAAGAGUAAUUCUUGUCACCGGUGGGACUGGAUUGGUCGGGAAAGGUAUUGAAACUGCUCUCGAAUCUUGUAAAGAGGAGGGAGAAGAAUGGAUAUUCUUGUCUAGCAAAGAUGCAGAUUUAUCCAGUGAAUCUAGUACGAUGGCCCUGUUUGAGAAGUAUAAACCAACCCAUGUAAUUCAUCUAGCAGCUAUAGUUGGGGGACUAUUCGCUAAUAUGAAAGCUAACUGUGAUUUCUUCAGAUUGAAUAUGAAAAUGAAUACAAAUAUUCUAGAGAUGGCUCAGAAGUUCAACGUAAAAAAGGUAGUGUCCUGUAUGUCUACCUGUAUAUUCCCGGAUAAGACGACCUAUCCUAUUGAUGAAACAAUGUUACACAAUGGACCUCCGCAUUCUUCAAACUAUGGAUACUCCUACGCUAAACGAAUGAUUGAUGUACUGAACAGAUCGUACAAGGAACAGUACAACUGUGAUUUCACCUCUAUAAUCCCCUGCAACGUGUUUGGACCUCAUGAUAACUUCAAUAUACAGAACGGACAUGUGGUCCCUGGACUUAUUAAUAAAGUUGUUGAGGCUCAAAAGAAUGGAACUCCAUUCGAGAUUUGGGGAACUGGUUCUCCACUCAGGCAGUUCAUCUAUAGCAUAGAUCUUGGUAAACUGAUAAUAUGGGUUCUACGUGAAUACAAGGAGGUGGAUCCCAUCAUUCUAGCAUCAGAUCAAGAAGUCUCUAUCAAGGAUGUUGCAUUCAUGAUAAAGGAUGCCGCAGAAUUCCAAGGCGAAGUGAAGUUUUUGACUGAUAAGGCUGACGGCCAGUUUAAGAAGACCGCCAGCAACGACAAGUUGAAGUGCUACCUGCCUCAGUUCCAAUUUACGCCGCUAGAGACCGCUAUCAAGGAAUCGGUCACUUGGUACAAGGAGAACUAUGCUACAGCUAGAAGAUAAAUCCAGCAAUCCAGCUAACAGUAUUCAAUAUACCAAAAAAAACAUAUUUUUCAGAUUAAUUCAAUAUUACAGAUUUUCUUCUUUAAAAAAAUAAUUUCUACAGCUUUCUUUAGAUUUGUUUUUCACACAUUAUCUUGUUUUUUGUAAUGGUUUUUGCUUUGCUCAGAAUAUGCUUGUGCACUUUUCUUUUAAUUCACUCGUAUUUAUUGUUUAUUAAUCAAAUG